GCAAAUUCUGGAGCAUCUAGGCAAGGUGCAAGAGGAAGAGAGGCCCAGAGCUGCGCACGGCCCCAGGGCAACCUCUACCCAGCCGGUGCCCGGAUGACCCUUAACCACUCUUCCGGGCUUGACCGUGGCCCCUCUCCCUAGCACAGUGCAGGGACCCACAUGGCUCCAGUGCAGAGAACUGACUGCCUGGCUGGCCGUGGAGAGCAGCAAGGGCCACACGGGCAGUGGAGAGAUGGCCUUAAGCAGCUCCCAGCCUCCCUACCUGAACCCGAUCAUCCCCUUCUCUGGGAAAAUCCAGGGGGGUCUCCAGGAUGGACUUAAAAUCACUCUCACUGGGAACGUUCUUUACUACAAUGGAACCAGGUUUGCUGUGAACUUUCAUUCCGGCCCCAGCGACAAUGACAUUGCCUUCCACUUCAACCCACGGUUCGAAGAGGGUGGGUAUGUGGUCUGCAACACAAAGCAGAACGGAUGCUGGGGGCCAGAGGAGAGGAAGAUGCAUAUGCCUUUCCAGAUGGGGAACCCAUUUGAGCUCUGCUUCCUGGUGGACAGCUACAAUUUCAAGGUGACAGUGAACGGGAGCCAUUUUGUGCAGUACUCACACCGCGUGCCCUUCCACCGCGUGGACACCCUCUCCAUCAGCGGUGCUGUGCACCUGUCCUACAUCGGCUUCCAGAACAUGCGAGCAACCCCUAUGCAGCCUGCCUUCUCCACGGUGCAGUUCUCCCAGACUGCCUGUUUCCCACCCAGGCCCAAAGGGCGAAAGCCAAAAUCUCCAGGCACUUGGCAGGCCAACGCGGCUCCCAUUACUCAAACUGUCAUCCACACCAUGCAGAGCGCCCCCGGACAGAUGUUCCUUAACCCCGUCAUCCCACCUAUGGCGUACCCCAACCCAACCUACUCGAUGCCUUUCUUUACCUCCAUCCCGGGUGGGCUGUACCCCUCCAAGAGCAUCAUCGUGUCUGGCACCGUCCUGCCCAGUGCCCAGAGGUUCCACAUCAACCUGCGCUGUGGGAGUGACAUCGCCUUCCACCUGAACCCCCGUUUCGACGAGAACACCGUGGUCCGCAACACACAGGUCAACGGCUCUUGGGGGUCCGAGGAGCGAAGCCUGCCCCGAAAAAUGCCUUUUGUCCGAGGCCAGAGCUUCUCGGUGUGGAUCAUGUGUGAAGGCCACUGCCUCAAGGUGUCCGUGGACGGUCAGCACCUGCUUGAAUACUGCCACCGCCUGAAGAACCUGCCUGCCAUCAACAGCCUGGAGGUGGCGGGUGACAUCCAGCUGACCCAUGUGCAGACAUAGGCGGGCUCCCUGGCCCUGGGGGUAAGGGAAAGGGCAUGCUGCUGUUCGGAUCUGCUCCUCACCUCCACCUCCCCUGUCCCUGCCCGGGCCUUUCCAGCCACCUGACGAUCUGGGGACUUUUCUGGAGAGACUGUGUCCUUGUCUGGCUCUGCUUCCGGCUGCAGCCAGCCUGGAGGGGAGGAGGGCAGCUGGCGGCGGGUGGGGGGCGGCGCCUUCCUCAGAGCAGUACCUGGGGCUCCAGCAGCCACCCCAGUCCUGCCGUCUGAGGAGAGGGGGGUGGUCCCCACAGGUUAAGCCCUAUGUUCAGUCCCCUUGGCAGAAAGGGAGAGCCCAAGAUCCCAGACCAGGCCUGCACCCCAUCUGCCCCUCUGUCACACUCCCUACCCCCUGCCCCCGGGUCAACUCCGCCUCAGCCCCAAGCCGUUCAUUCUAGUGGGAAGCUGUGUCCUGGGCCCCUCCCCUUUCUCCUACCUUUGACCUUGCCUUGCACCCAGCUCCCACCCUCCCUGCUCCUGGAAAGAUACCCUGAGGACGCUCCCCUGAUCUCCACCAGCCAGCAGGUCCUUUCCCAGCCUCCUUCAAAGAAAGACAAAUGCUUAUGGGCACCUGUG